GACGCCGACGCCGCCGCCGCCGAUGCCGCGCCUGGGGGCCAGCCGCACGAGGACGAGGACGGAGACGCGACCCCUCCUCCUCCCUCGCUUCCUCGCCACACCGUCGAUCACCGCAGGCCGGGCCCGGCUUCUUGGAGCCCCUUCUUCUCGCGGGUGCGGGCGGCGCUCCUCAUCAUGGGCACAGCCGCCGCCGCAGCCGCCGCGCGCGACCUGUUCCCUUCCAUGGUCCAGGUCCCGCCACUGGACUCCCGCCCCAUCAGCGCCGUACCAGGGGUUUUACCAAACCUGCUUGAGCACCAGUUGGUGUGGUCCAACAUCCCCCGUGGCGGAACCUCCAUUGUACUAUCCCAUGCUCCGGGGGUUGUAGCAAACCUGCUUGAGCACCAGUUGGUGUGGUCCAACAUCCCCCGUGGCGGGACCUCCGUCGCACUAUCUCAGGAUCCAGAAAUUCAUGUCAGUCCAGAGGCCUUGCCUGUAGAUCAGAUUUCUCCUGGAUUUUCUGCCCCUCCCAGUCUCAUCAUGGAUGAUCCGGUGCCACGGGCUAUGCAUCAUACUCGUAGAGGAACUUCAAUUGCAGUGCUAAGUGACAUCCAACAAUCAGGUACACUGGCAUCGGAGCCUGGGCCUGCAUCAGCAACUGUAGGACCUUGGUCAGCCUCUUGGGCGCAAGGCACUAUCUACUUCCUCAACUUCAUGAUAGUCAUGGUACUUUUUUCAGCAGUGGUGGCUAUGUUACAGGAGCCUUGAGAGAAUUGGAUCCUUUGGUCCUCAUGGCUUAGAGGAAGAUUCAUGUUCCUGUGGUAGUUACUGAAACCAGGGAUAACACUAUACUCUGUGGCAGCAUAUGCAGAAUCCUCUAGAUUUUCUCUGCCUGCUUAGCUUCUGAGGACAAGUCAUCUUGUGUGGUUCUUUGAAUGGUGAUUGAUGGUGGAGAUUUGGAUUUGUGCAGUACCUGCUAGUAGGAUGAUGUGCUGCAUGUGGAAUGGAUAUUGUGAAGUACACUUGGCGCCUUUUGUGGUUUUGUCUGAAAAUGCUGAUGCUUCUGCUUUGAGUCCUAAAGUUCAGUUGUUUUGAUAUUGCCUUUAUUUUGGGUGUGUCCAGAUGAAAUUAAGAAGAGAGGGGAACAUAGUUGAGUAACAGUCCUGGAAUAUGCACAGUGUUAUAAAGGAAAAUACAGAAUAGUACAAGAUCUUGGGACAAAAGCAACUGUCUGACAACCUAAGGGUUCAAGUGAAUUGAUGAUACUUUCAUGCAUAUCUGAAAUCUGUUGAAUUGAAUAAGUAAUACAGUAUGGAUUCUUGAUAAAUCAAUCACAGGUGUCAUUGCUUCAUUUUAUUUGAAGGUGCGCUGGGGGGAUGAAACCCCCUCCUGUAUUCAAUUAAACCACAGACUUCUGGCUACUGAAUUCAUCCUGUUGGCUUCGCAGCCUCUGCGCCAUGGGACAGGCCUGUGUUGCUUUGUAUGAUGAUUGAUGGUCAACGUUUGGAUUUGUGCAGCACCUGCUAGUAGGAUGAUGUGCUGUAUGUGGAAUGGAUAUAGCGAAGUACACUUGACGCCUUUUGUGGUUUUGUCUAAAAAAUGCUGGAGCUCCACUUUGAAUCCUAAAGUUGAGUUGUUUCAAGAUUUCCUUUAUUUUGGGUGUCUUCAGAUCAAAUAAAGGAGGGAGAAAAUAGUUGAGCUACAGUGCUGGAAGAUGCACAGCCGUAUAAAGGAAAAUACAGAGUAUUACAAAAUCUGGGGACAACAGCCACUGUCUGCCAACCGAGUUCAGGUGAAUCUACAAGAAAUGUGGUGCGGGUACUUGAUCUAUCCAUCGCAGGCAGCAUUCCUUCCUGUUUGCAUUCAGUUGUAGACUACAUCUGCCCCUUAGGUAGAUUUCUGGCUACUGAAUUCCUCUAGUUCUCCUUCCAGCCUCACUAUGCCAUCGGAUGGGCCCAUGUUGCAUGCAAGCUUCUGCUAGGUGACAGUGACACUCCCCCACGGCCACGUCUCCUCUCUGGUGCAGUGUUUUCCGUUGAGAUCUUAGUGCUGUUCUAGAUUAUUUGUCAUUUGCAUCAGUGUUUUUUAUGUGCAGCCACACCAAUAUUUUCUGCGCUUGCAAACUUCUCAUUAUACUUUCUCCCUAUGCACUAUUCUAUACUCUGCCAGCGUACUCUGUCGUAGUAAACACUUGAGUUACAUGCUGAUCAUGUCUGUUGCAGAUGUUGUCCCUGAUUGGCUGAGUCAGUAUCCACACCGAUGGAGGAGGUUCCACCAGCCUCUGUUCUAGCCCGGUCAGACAUUCCAGUGCCUGGUCCUCAAUUAUCUGAAGGUUAAGUGGUUAAUGACACAUUUUUCCUGUUGUGCUAGAGUAAACCAGCACGUGCCUUUGUUUGACUUACUAAUUUCAUUUUUAUGUCUUUGUUGUUCUAUCUUGAACUCCAAGGACCGUCGGGCUUGGGCUUUGGUCAAUCAGUCAGAGUACUACAGAGACUCAGCCACUCAGGUACAAUUAGCAUGAAAAAGCAUUUGGAUCCAGUCACUCUGGUAAGGACUAAGAAGUCCUCAAUACAGCUAGUUUGCUUCUCUGUGUUUGUUGAGUUGGUUUUUCAUCCUAACCAAUGAUCUGAUAAAAUAAAAUAGUUCAGCAGAUUGCGCAAGCUUGAGUCCCCACUCCCCAACAUGAUAUACCAUCAUUUAUCUCUUUAUGGUUACCUUUCUGAAAUAGAGAUCGAGGUCACUCCAGAAUACUCAUCUACUUCUGAAAUGUCUGAAGGUAGGUGUCCAACAUAUUUCUACUGCUCCAGGGUUUCAGUGAACCAGCAGAACUCUUGGGCAUGAUCUUUUUGUCUUUGUUGUUACCACGGAAACCGAGUUCUACUUUGAUUGAAUCUUGCAAUGCUUGAUUCAUCUCUGCUGCACUCAGUCAGGUCUGAUACUUUGCUAGAUUUGUGUCCUUAGACUCUUAAGCAAAAUCUUGUUGUAGUCUUUCUGAAGCAAAAUUGAUUCCUGUUUUGCAGUCUACUUAGACUCUUAGACCGCUGUUAGUUGAAACUGACGAAUCAUACUGGCACCUAGGUGGUAUCUUGUAUCACAAGUAGUGUUUGCCUUGGCUUUGUGCAGCGUUGUUCCUUGAGUCAGUGUCCAUGCAGAUGAUAGACGAGGUUGCACCAGCCACUCCGCUGUCCCAGUCAGGAAUUCCAAUGGAAUGCCUGGUCCUGGUCCAGGACUUUCUAAGGGUUAAAUGUUAACAACACCAUGUCCAAAUACUAACACUGCUUUUGUGCCUUUAUCCUUGCCAUGGAAACAGGGUUUGCUUCACUUUCUAUCCUAAACAAUCACAUUCCUUGGGCUUGACUUUGCAUAAUUAGCCAUGGUACAACAAAUAGUGUUAGGUAAUUAGCACCUAAAAAACAUUUAGGUUCAGUCUGAUUACUCUGUACAUACGUUACAUUGGUGGUCUUACCUGGUAGUGCAUAUUGUGCAAGCUCGAGUACUGUACACAAUUCAGCAAACCAGUACAACUUGUUUGGCCAUCAAUUUAAUUUGUCUCUUUGGUCUUAACAUAGAAAUAGAAUUCUCUGCUGCGAUUCAGUGUCACCGUGCACGGCACCAGGCACUAGUGCCACCAGAACAGCCAACGUACACCGUUGUCCUCAAAUUUGUUCAGGGGUGUCACAUGCGUCCUUACACUUUUAAAUUUGCAGAUUAUGUCGCUCAAGUUCCAAACAUCAGUAAUUAGCAUAUGCUUGCCUUUACCAUGCCAUUAAGUUGUUACACUCGCUUUCCUUUAGUCACUUGGUCUAUUUUGCAAAUUUUUACCGCUUUCGAUUGUGUUGUCAUCAGUCAUAAAAAAUAGGGAUAUUACUGAAAGUAGUUCCAUUAGGCUAUUGUCUUGUGAUUUUGGUGGUUGAGUGGUUUUGUAAUCACUAGGACUAAUAUGUUUGUAAAGUAUAUGUUUUGGAAGGGUUUCCUAGCUCUCAAGAUGAAAUACAAGUGAAGCAAGCAACCAUGGCGCAAAGAAUGGAGCAAAACAAGCAAAGAUGUACACUGGAGUGUUUGGUCGGUCACUGUGACUGAAAAAUAGUAUGUGGGACUGAAAUAGUUGAAGAUACACUAAAGAUAUACAUGUGGGACUGAAAAAUAGUAUUACAGAAGGGCGUAUACUCUGAUGUUUCAAGUGGGAAGUUAUGCAGAAAAGAAGAUUCUACAUGCCAGAUGAUCCAGCGUUGGUAAAAAAAAAAUAUAUAAACUACACGGCAUUGUAUUCACUACAUUACUGACGACUCAGACUAUCUGUAUAAUCGAUUUGAAUAGAAUGAAAUUAAUUCAAAGAGCAAAAAAAAAAAUACCGAAAUUCAAGUAA